GUUUGGAGAGAGAUAUCUGACAGGGCUAGUAUUCCAUUUAUUACAUCUUUGAUGCCACUGGUGCAAUGGAUGAAAAAGAAAACCAAGAGGAAGGCUCUUUAUAAUUCCCUUAUCAAGUUGGCGUGGAAUGCUACAACUUACCAUAUAUGGUUUGAACGCAAUACGCGUAUACAUCAAUCGUUGUUUCAUUCUGAAUUUGAGAUUGUAUAGUUGGUUAUUGCUGAUGUUCGUGAUAAAAUUUUGAGUUUUGCAAGGCCAAAAACAUCGCCACUGUCUCGACCAAUUGCGUUGCGGUGGGGGAUUGGAGCUGUAAUUCGAGAUUGAAUUCUAUCUGUUGAUUGUCUGUCCAUUCUUUUGUACAAAUCUUAUCUGGUAGCAGCCUUUAUUAGCGGUGCUGCUUUGUACACUUGUUAUUGGAAAUAAGAAUUCACAUUUUAC